AUGCAGUGCAUUCGGGGCCUCCGUGUCUUGGCGUUAUCGCUGCUAUGGGGCACCACUGCUCUCGCGCAAACAGAGACGCAGAAAGUGCUGACGAGUGCUGGAAAACGCGAUCCCCUUGAUGCGGGUUUUGAGAAAUUGGCACUCGAGUUGCUGGAUGAAUGGCAUGUUCCGGGAUUGUCGAUUGCCGUUGUGGAUGGGGAUGAGACUUGGGCAGCGGGCUACGGCAAUGCAACUUUCCCUUCCACGCCCGCCACACCGUCAACUCUUUACUACGCCGGAAGCACCACCAAGGCCUUCACCGCAGCCAUCAUCUCCCUGCUCAUCGACUCGGGCAACUACUCGGGCUUGGGCUGGCGGACGCCCCUCUCGUCGCUGAUUAGGGACGACUUUGUCCUGAUGCCCGAAUAUGAAUGGGCCCAGGAGCACCUUACGCUCGAGGACGCCAUGUCACACCGGACCGGCUUUCCCCGGCACGACAAGUCCCUCGGCACACGAUACGGACCCGACGGGCACCCGGCCACCGUGGCCGACCUGACCCGGUCGCUGCGCCAUCUGCCCAUGGUGACCGAGCCCCGGACCGACUACCGCUACUGCAACCUCAUGUGGAUAGUCGUGUCUCAUGUCGUGGAGGUGCUGACGGGCUCAUGGCUCGGCAAUCUCAUGCGCGAUCUGAUCUGGCGCCCACUCGGCAUGAAUUCGACCUACCUCUCACUCGAAGACGCCCUGGCCAGCCCCGAGCACCUCGCCAUGGGCUACUACUGGGACUACCAAAGUGGCGGCGGCGGCGGCUACAGCGAAGUUCCCUUUGCCGGGCUGCGCGAGGGCAGCGGCGCCGGCGGCAUCGUCAGCAACGUGCUCGACUACACGCGCUGGCUGCGCUGCCUGCUGGACGAGGCAGGCCCCUUGUCCAAAGCGGGCCACGCGGCGGUCAAGACGCCGCACAUCACGGGCGCCGGCGGCGCCUUUGGCUGGGACGCGGCGCCGAGCUACGCCCUGGGCUGGGUGGCGGCAACGUACCGGGGCCAUCGCGUGUUUCGCCACAGCGGCGGCAUGCUGGCGUACGGCGCCGACGUCUGGUUCCUGCCGCAGCUGCGCUUUGCUGUCGUGACCAUGGGUAACACGGCCAUUACGAGCAACACGGCCGGCCAGCUUCUUGGGUGGAAGCUGAUUGACGAUAAGCUGGGCGUACCAGAGGGGGAGAGGUAUGAUAGGCACUCCCAUGCCAAGGAGUCCUUGAAUGGUCUGCUGCAUCAGUUCGACAAGGCAGUGGAUCACCUCUAUCCGGACCGGGCUGACCCGCCAGUGUCCCGAGCUCUGCCCCUGGAAGAGUACACUGGCACAUACUUCCAUCCAGGAUAUCUCAACAUGACCAUUGAACUCGGUCUCGAGAAGGAUCAGCUCCGGUCUGUGCGAAACGACUUUGUCUGGCAAAUGACCUUUGAUUAUGUCCACGUCUCUGGCGAGUACUGGAUCAUCUUUAUUGAUAUGAAGGAAACGCCGAAUCAACUCAACGCACAGGUUGCAAAGGCCGAGUUCCGUCUGGGACCGGACGGCAAGGUGAGUGCGCUGAUUGCCGAGUUUAUGGAAGAGGGAAGCGAGGGCAUCGUUACUUUCGAAAAGGUUGCAUAG